AUGGUAAAAAUUCAUGGCAAUUCCAAGACGUCUAUUGCUGAAGCAAAUGGAAUCCCGGUAACCACCUUUAGACGUUAUAUAGGUAAAAUCGACAAAGCAAAUGUUGAUGUUUCAAAAGAAACUGAUGAUGUGUUGAAGGAUAUUUUGAAUAAUUUGUCUCAGAUUGGUCCAAAGCCGAUUUUGAAUAAUGAACAAGAAGAGGAACUGGAAAAGUAUCUCCUUCGCGCCAGCUCGCUUUAUUAUGGUUUGAGCAUUGAAGAAUUGAGGGUCAUGGCAUAUGAAUAUGCUAAAAAGAUCAACGUCAAAUAUCCUUCUUCGUGGGACAAAAAUGGUCAAGCAAGCAGAGAGUAUUACUACUCAUUUAUGAAUCGUCAUCGUAAUUUGACAUUGCCAACGCCAGAGCAAGUUAGCGAACACCGUGCGAAAUCCUUCAAUAAGGAAAAUGUAGCUUCCUUUUUCCGAAAUUUGGAAGUUGUUUUGGAAACUCCCUAUUCGCCCAGUCGUAUCUGGAAUAUGGACGAAACUGGAAUCCCGACCGUACCAACUAGAGUCAUAAAAGUUAUAUCCGAAAAAGGCGCUCGAAAUGUUGGUCAGAAGACGUCUCAAGAGCGAGGGACAACUGUUUCAUUUGCGGUGGCAGUAAGUGCAAGUGGUGUGUGUAUCCCGCCAAUGUAUCUUUUUCCCCGAAAGAAUAUGAAACAAAUAUACAUGGCUCAUGGGGCUCCCGAAGCAGUGGGCUAUGCAAACGGCGGUGGGUGGAUGACAGCCGAAGAGUUUUUGAAAUUUCUGCAACAUUUUAUCGAACAUUCGGGUGCAAGAAAAGGAUCGCCAACACUUCUUUUGGUCGACAACCAUGCAUCCCACCUGUCAAUUGCGGCUCUUGAUUUGGCAGUUGAAUACGACAUAACCAUGCUAUCGUUUCCACCGCAUUGUACACAUAAAAUGCAGCCACUGGACGUUUCGGUCUUCUCUUCUUUCAAGAGUGUGAUCUCUCAACAGCACAAUUUAUGGCAGAAAAACAACGUUGGCGUGAAAUACGACCUGCAUCACGUCCCUCUCAUCGCCGAACAAGCAUUAGAUAUUGCUGCGACGCCUAAAAGCAUCAAGUCGGGCUUCAAAACAACCGGUAUUUUCCCCUUUAAUCCAAAUGUUUUUUCCGAAAGUGAUUAUGUAGCUGCCGAAUCAAGUGGGGAAAAUCUAAUUGGCGUUGAAGACGAUAAUGCGGAAGAACAGCGCCGUAUCGUUGUUUUAACAGAUCGCGAUAUGCCCAGUACAUCGGGCUUGGCCAGUGCAUCGACAUUGGUAAGUAUGUCGAGCGUAGACACUUCUACAUCAUCUCUACGUGAUGUAUUGAAAUCAGUUGGACCGUUGAAGUUAGGAACACCAGCCAAAAAAUCAAAUCGUGGUCGAAAGCCGAUGAAGUCCACUAUUUUGACAUCGCUUGAAAAUGUGUCCACGACACGUGCAAAACAUGAUGCCAAGCUUAAAAAAUUGGACAACCAAAAGAAAAAAGUCGAUUCGAUCAAAAAAAUGUCAGCCGGAAAGAAGAAAACGACAGCUGGAAAGAAAAAAACAGCAUCAAAAAGAAAAACACCAUCGGCACAAUCGACAGGCAAAAGGAUGAAGCAGAAGAAGAUGUCGAUCGAGAUUUUUGUAUUCUGUGCCUGGAACUAA